AUGACGGAAUAUGACGAAAAAUGUUCACAAACAAGUGUUUCGGAGUAUUUAGAGUGUGCAACGAAAUUAUUUAAAAACCGUCUAGAAAACGAAAAAAUUAUUGAGUCCAAGUUUGACGAUUUUAACUUAAUUAAAACCAUCGGGAAGGGCGCUUUUGGUCGCGUGAUACUAGUAAAUCAUAAAUCAGACCCGAAGACGUUUUUGGCAAUGAAAAUCAUGAAAAAGGAACAAGUUUUGCGCAAAAACAACGUCCAACAUGUUUUGAACGAAAAACGUUAUUUGGCAGCCAUACGACAUCCGUUUAUUGUGCACAUGGUGUAUUUUGCCAAGGACAAAUGCAACUUAUAUUUUGUCAUGCCGUUCGCCAUCGGCGGAGAUUUGUUCAGUUUGCUAAAGCAGAAAGGGUCAUUGGGCGAAUUCAAUUCCAAAUUUUACUCCAGCCAGUUGGUCCUGGCGUUGGAGUACCUGCACUUGUUAGAUAUACUCUACAGGGAUCUGAAACCGGAAAACGUACUGAUCGACGGCAAUGGCUACAUAAAACUGACGGAUCUCGGUUUUUGCAAGCGUGUAGUCAAGCGAACUUACACCAUGUGCGGCACGCCACAAUAUUUGGCGCCAGAGAUAAUUCUUCUCAAGGGUUACGGCAAAGCGGUGGACUGGUGGGCGCUGGGAGUGAUAACGUACGAAAUGGUCAUUGGUCGAUUGCCGUUCGAAUCAGACACCGAUCGUCGGAUGUACAAGAAAAUCACUACCGGCCACUACAAGGUUCCCGCCAGUUUUUCGUCCGACCUCGUGGAUUUGACAGAGAAUUUGUUACAAGUAGAUCUGACCAAGAGGUACGGAAACUUGAAAAACGGAACGGAGGAUAUCAAAAAACACCGAUGGUUUAGAACAAUUGAUUGGUUAGCGUUGUUUAACCGAACCAUGGAAUCGCCGUUUCGACCGAAUUACAGUAGUCCUUCAGACACAUGUAACUUUGAAUCAUUUUCUGAAGAAAAAAUUGUAGGCGUCGGAUGCAAUGAUAAUGAUCAAACUGACUUCUCAGACUUUUAA